CGGCUUCACCCAACACUUAUCAUAAAUACCACACAUUCCGUAUCCCUUCAAUAAUUGAAAGGGAAUUCGUCGUUAUCAGCCCUUGGUUGAAUUCACAAUUGAAUAUCGCUUCGCCCUGGUUCGUCAUCAGGGCCCUGUGAUCCUCACUACCCUUGCGGUCUUCCUCCUAUCAUCUCUCCUUGCCAAGGUUAGGUCUGGGGUGCUAGCGGGUGGUGAUCGACUGGCCGAUAUAGCUACCCCUGGUCGCGACGUGCAUCACUAUCGCCUCGGCUUCUCAUCCCUUCCGAACGUGUCCCUUUUAAACCCGGCUCUGUCCUACCUUUUUACCCUCGUCGGUCUUGGGACAAGCUUCACAUGCCGCCACCGGCCUCUUCAGUAGAUUUCUCAAAUCUGCUGAACCCUCAAAGCAAUUCCACUGAUUCCACCCCUUCCACCCCUGUGGACAGCUCCAAGACUCCUUCUACUCCGUCCAGUACACAGUCGAACUCCAACAUGGCGUCGUCAGUCAGUCUACUUCCGCCGCUCAUGAAGGGUGCCCGGCCUGCGACCGAAGAAGUGCGUCAGGAUCUUCCCCGCCCUUACAAGUGCCCCCUCUGCGAUCGCGCGUUCCACCGUCUGGAGCACCAGACAAGACACAUUCGCACGCAUACGGGUGAAAAGCCACACGCCUGCCAAUUCCCCGGCUGCACUAAGCGCUUCAGUCGUUCGGAUGAGCUUACGCGCCACUCGCGAAUCCACAACAACCCUAAUUCGAGGCGCAGCAACAAGGCUCAGCAUCUGGCCGCGGCCGCUGCAGCUGCUGCAGGGCAGGACAACGCCAUGGCCAACACCGCCAGCGCUAUGAUGCCUCCUCCCAGCAAGCCAAUGACCCGGUCGGCCCCCGUGUCGCAGGUCGGCUCCCCCGACAUUUCUCCCCCUCACUCCUUCUCCAACUACGCCAGUCACAUGCGGUCGAACUUGGGCCCGUAUGCUCGCAAUAGCGAACGGGCAUCGUCGGGCAUGGACAUUAACCUCCUAGCGACGGCUGCGUCGCAGGUGGAACGCGACGAACACUUCAGCUUCCAUGCAGGGCCACGCAAUCACCAUCUGUUCAGCUCACGCCACCAUGGAAGUGGCCGUCUGCCCUCUUUGUCUGCUUACGCGAUCACACACAACAUGAGCCGGUCGCAUUCACAUGAAGACGACGACGGUUACUCGCACCGUGUGAAACGCUCAAGACCCAACUCUCCCAACUCAACUGCUCCUUCCUCUCCCACCUUCUCUCACGACUCCCUUUCACCCACUCCCGAUCACACUCCCUUGGCGACUCCCGCUCACUCACCGCGGUUGAGACCCCUGGGCUCCAGCGAUCUGCAUUUGCCGUCUAUCCGUCAUCUGUCGCUCCACCACACACCAGCUCUUGCUCCGAUGGAACCACAACCGGAAGGGCCCAACUACUACAGUCCUUCCCAAGGUCACCAUGGUCCCAGCAUCUCGGACAUCAUGUCUAAACCGGACGGAACACAGCGCAAGCUGCCAGUCCCUCAGGUGCCGAAAGUCGCCGUUCAGGAUAUGUUGAAUCCUGGUAGUGGAUUUUCGUCGGUCACAUCGUCGACCGCGAAUUCCGUUGCCGGUGGUGACCUGGCCGAACGUUUUUAAGUUCGAACAUUCUUCAGCCACACGUUGGUUUGUGUAAAAAUUGGGUUCAAAAAAUCAGCAGUUCUUUUAUGCGCGCUACGACCGAAUAGACUUGUGCAUUUACAAAGGUUCAUGGGCAU